AUGGCGCACCGACUCAUCACACAGAUCGUCUUGACCGGCGGACGCGUGUUCGGCAGAGCUUUCGCCGAAGCAUACAAGCAGGCGCAAGCAUCAUCGCAAUAUGCGAAGACCGCAGCAGCGAAUGGGACUACGACAUCAUAUUCAGCGUCAGGCCUCACACUAGACGAGGCGUGCAAGAUUCUUAAUGUGAAGCCGCCGAUGGGCGGAAAGACAGACAUGACCGCUGUUAUGGAUCGCUUCAAGAAAUUAUACGACCUGAACGAGCCGAAGAAGGGUGGUAGCUUCUACCUCCAGAGCAAGAUAUUACGCGCUCGAGAAAGGAUAGAAGCAGAGGUUCGAGAUGCAGCACGGAAAGCUGAGUUUGAGAAGGAGAUCAAAGAAGGUUGGAAGCCCAAGAUGUACAGAGAUUGA